AAGUUUGCUCCCAGCCCUUUUCAGCAUUUGUGAUGACGCAAAGAGAUUUGGACGUGCUGUGCGGUGUACUCAUCCAAAUGUCCAUGGAAGAACUGAUGUCCCUGAAAGACGAAGAUAUCUGGUGGCUACCAGACUUGAUGGGUGUUACGCAGCCGCAGGCAAUCCGCUCGAUCCGACGUGCCCUGGAAGGUUUCGACGCGUAUGAGACCCGUAUCUACCUCGUUACCUGGUUCUACUGCUACCUCACGGAACGGCAAAUACUGCGCUCGUGGUGUUCGUAUCGUCUCGCCACUGCCACCACUCCAGCGGCGGCACUGACCGGCCGCUUUAUUUUGCACGAGCGAUUGGAAACCGCCUUGCAGUAUCCGGGCUGUCAUACCAAGCGCGCUGCGACUGAGAGCGAAGGUGUCGUCUACGCCUGCGUCAUGGCCACGCGUCCAGGAGGCACGUUAUUGGAGCACGACGUCAUCUGUAUGUGUGUUCAGCGUUCCUUGCCGUACCUAUUCGUUCACGCGGUGACGCGCUGUGAGUUGCGUGUCAGUGCCGCUCUACACUUCGUGCUGCGAAAAAAUCCUGGAGAAAUACUCGAAGGACAUUUCGACAAACUCAGCUUGGCAUUUGGCAGUGCCCGUGAGCACAUGGCUGACGUUGGUGUACUGUUUAUGUGCAACGCCCCGGACGAAGAGUCAGGACUCUUUUCGAAUACCUCUGUCCGAAAAGACCUGACAGUAGCCGACGAACCUGACCAGCGUUUUCGUGAGCUACAGCAGCUUUAUGCCGAAGAAACUAUCGUGGAUGAUAACACCACCGCAUCUCUCCUGACGCCGCCUGAUUCUGACAACUCCGCCACAGGCCAGGAUAAUCCCAAUUUUCUGAAUGGAAACAAUGUUGGGGUGGGCUCAACAUCAGCCAGGUAA